GAAGGGUGUGUUUCCCUCACUGCAGCAUCCCAGCAGCCCUCACCCACCGGAUGGGACGAGCACAGAGACAGAGAAAGAGACGGAGAACAAGGCGUGUCACCGAAAGCCAGCAGAGACCAGCCAGACUUCUGCCCAAAACCAGCACUCUGCCUGUGAGGAAGCGGCAGAGAUUGUCCGGACCCAGCUGUGUUUGCAGUGGCUGCUGGUUUGAUGCAGAAUGCCUCAAGUUCAGUGUCAGCCGGCCGGCAGAAGAGGACACAUCAGGACACAUCUGCAUCUGCUGUUCCUCUUCCUCAGUGUGCUACAAAUACAAGGAUACAUUACAAUCCCUCCAGACUACACAUAUAACAACUUAAAACAAGCUCCAAAGAUCACAGCUCAGCCCGUUUCUCACACCGCUUUCGCUCUGGAUGAUGUCAACCUGGCCUGUGAAGCCAGCGGAGACCCAGCUCCCAGUUUCCGCUGGGUCAAAGAUGGCAAAGAGUUUAGGAGGGAACUGUAUGAAUCCGGGACCCUGAUAGCAGAUGAUACGGAGGAGCUCCGGACCUAUCAGGGUUCAUACCGCUGCUAUGUGGCCAAUGAGCUGGGAACAGCCGUCUCAGACCUGGUGCACCUGAUCACAGAGUCCAUCCCAACCUUGGCCAAAGAGAAGAGGCAGAAAAGAAGAUCGUUUGAGGAGGGAGAAAGCACAGUCCUCUACUGUAACCCUCCCAAGAGUUCUGUCACUCCCAAAAUACACUGGAUGGACAUGCAGCUGCGCCACAUCCCUCUGAACAAGCGUGUGACCACCAGUCUUGAUGGAAAUCUGCACUUUGCCAACUUACUAGUGAGUGACAACAGAGAAGACUACACCUGCAACGCUCACUACAUCAACGCCAGCGUCAUCCUCCCUAAAGAACCCAUCUCCAUCAGCGUCACGCCCUCAAAUUCUGUGGUGAAGAACCGGCGGCCCCAGCUUCAGAAGCCCGCAGGCUCCCACAGCUCUUACCUGGUGCUCAGGGGCCAAACGCUGACUCUAGAGUGCAUCCCCGAAGGCCUCCCCACUCCAGAGGUGCAGUGGGAGCGGAUGGACAGUCCUUUGUCCCCUGCACGGGCCCAGACGCUGAACUACGGCCGCUGGCUCCAGAUCCAGAGCGUGUCGGAGAUGGAUGACGGCGAGUACACAUGCACUGCCCAGAAUAGCCAGGGCUCCGUCAAACACCACUACGCUGUCACGGUGGAGGCUGCUCCGUAUUGGACCAGGCGUCCGGAGGACCACCUGUACGCCCCGGGAGAGAUGGUGAAGCUGGACUGUCAGGCAGAGGGAAUCCCGACCCCGAACAUCAGCUGGAGCAUCAACGGCGUUCCCAUCGCAGGGACGGACUCGGACCCGAGACGUCAUGUGAGUUCAGGGACACUGAUCCUGACCAAUGUUCAAUACAGCGAUACAGCCGUCUAUCAGUGCGAGGCCGCCAAUAAACACGGCAAUAUCCUGGUCAACACACAUGUCCAUGUAGUUGAGCUGCCUCCUCAGAUCCUGACGGCGGACGAGCUGCAGUACCAGGCCACAGAAGGACAAACCGUUCUGCUGCUGUGUCGAACGUUUGGCUCCCCACUACCUAAAGUCGAAUGGGAGAUCUUAAACUCUGGACCAGCUCUGGCCAAUGCUAAAAUGUCUCAGACGAGCGAUGGAAACCUUCAGAUCAGUGAUGUGACUGAAGAUGACAGCAGCAUUUACACAUGCUCAGUGAAACACAGCAACAAGAGCAUCAAUGCUGAGCUGGAUGUCUUGAACAGAACUAAGAUUGUGGAGUCUCCUCAGGAUCUGCGGGUUUUACGUGGAGACGAUGCUGUUUUACAGUGCAAAUAUACAGUGGACCACAAGUUAAAACAACCCACAAUUCAGUGGAAGAAGGACAAACACAAGCUCACAUCCUCUGCUAAUGAUGACAAGUACACUGAAUACCCAGAUGGCUCUCUGAAGAUCACUGAUGUUCGUAUGGAGGACUCGGGGGUCUACAGCUGUGAGAUCAGCACUAAACUGGACUCGGUCAGUGCCACCGGCUCCAUCACGGUACAGGAUAAGCCGGCUUCUCCUCACUCUCUGGAGCUGUCUGAGAAGAAGGAGCGUAGAGUCACGCUGUCCUGGAUGCCAGGCGCUGAAAACAACAGUCCUGUAUCUGAGUUUGUUAUUGAAAAGAAGGAGGAGCAUAAUCCAGACAAGGGCCACUGGGAGGAGUACAGAAGAGUCGCUCAAGACGUCAGACACCUGGAGAUCCACCUGCAGCCGUACAGCACAUAUCACUUCCGGGUCAGAGCGGUCAAUGCAAUAGGAAUGAGCGAGUUCAGUCCUCCCUCAGACUCUUACAGCACACCAGCAGCCAAACCUGACAAGAACCCAGAGAACGUGACGACGGUGUCUACUGAUCCCGACACUAUGGUCAUUUCAUGGCAGGAACUGGAGCGACGACAAUAUAACGGGCCAGAAUUUAAGUACAAGAUCUACUGGCGUCAAGCUUCUGGCAGGAGCCCACACUGGAAGGAAAGCAGUGCCUCCAAUCCUCCGUUCAUCGUGAACGGCACCGGGACCUUCAUCCCCUUCGAGAUUAAAGUUCAGGCUGUCAAUGAGCUUGGAGCAGGACCGGAACCAGAUGCUGAGAUCGGCUACUCGGGGGAAGACUUACCUCUGGAAGCUCCUUCAGAUGUAGCAGUGACCGAGCUGAACAAAACUGCUGUCCUGGUGAGAUGGAGUCCAGUCACCAUGGAGUCUGUCCGCGGACACUUACUCGGCUACAAGAUCCAUCUGAGAAAGAAAGGCCCCAGAAGUCGCAGCCGAAGAGGCCUGCCGGUGCAAGAACCAGAGGUGAACAGGAACAGAGUCAUUGUGGUUCAUGGAGAUAAAGUGGAGACGAUCGUGAGCGACUUGCAGUUUUACUCGAACUAUACUUUGACAGUUGCACCUUUCAACAGCAAAGGUGAAGGUCCACAUUCAAAGGCGUAUCACUUUAGCACUCCGGAGGGCGCUCCCGGACCAGUUUCGUCCCUGACCUUCGAGAGCCCAUCUGAGACGGAGAUCACCCUGAGCUGGAAAGCUCCGGACAAACCCAACGGAGUGCUCACAGGCUACCUGCUACAGUACUAUGAACCUGUGCCUGGAGUUUCGAGCACACAGCUGAUGGAGUCCCUCAACCUGCCCCCUGUUACUGAGUUCACACUGAAGAACCUGAACCCUCAGAUCCAUUACCACUUCAAACUCAGAGCAAUCACGUCCGCUGGUGAUGGGGAGCCUAUAGAAAUGGAGGGCGCCACCUUGUUGGAUGGAGAACCACCAUCUGCAAUCGACAUCGAAGCUGGACAAACAUCAGUUAAUUUCAGUUGGGUGCCAGGAGAAAGACAGCGGAACUUUGCCUUUAGCUUCCGUUACCUGAAAAAAAGCGAGGGUGGUACGUGGGAAGAGUCGGAGAAGAUCAACUCCUCGCAGGCGUUCUAUCAGCUGCAGGGUCUGACGCCGGGCGUUCAGUACCACCUGCAGGUCCUGCCCGGAAACAGCUCCUGGGAAUUCAAAACGGCUGGGCCAGAGCUGCAUGAGUUGCCCAGCAGCUUUGCGACUCAGGGCUGGUUCAUCGGACUCAUCAGCGCCAUGGUUCUUCUGCUGCUGGUGCUGCUCGUUCUGUGCUACAUCAAGAAGAGCAAGGGAGGGAAGUACUCAGUAAAAGAUAAGGAGGAGGAUCAGGUCAAUGGGGCCCGCACCAUGAAAGAUGGAGAGUUUGGGGAGUACAAAUCUCUGGAGAGUGAUAACGAGAAGUGCUCCAUCAGUCAGCAGUCGGUCUGCGAGAGCAAGCGCAGCAGCAACGACAGUCUAGCCGACUACGGAGACAGCGUCGACAUCCAGUUCAACGAAGACGGCUCCUUCAUCGGCCAGUACAGCGGACGCAGAGAACCUAACGGUCACGGCACUCACGCCAGCUCGGGCGCCACGUCUCCCAUCAAUCCCAACAUGCCUCCGCCCAGCAUCAGCUUUCCCACGUCUGUGACAGGAUUCCUGGGGCCAAACUAACGCUCCACCGCCACACGCACACAUCCUUGACCAUUUGAAUGAGAGGCCCUGAUGGUAUUAGACAGGAUAUUGAUUUCAUGACAGACAGUCGCAAGAAAUGACAUCCGCAAACACCGCCAGCUUCACUCUCGCAUAACAACGACACACGUGCAUCCGACAGACACGAAUAAGUCCAGGACAGUUGCUUCUAACAUUCCAUCCAAGCACUGAAAACUGUUUACAAUGUUCAGUUCGCUGCUUCCAGUGAUGUUUGGACUGUAAAUUCUCCCUCGCUGAAAUUACGCAGAAGAAGGUGCGAGAAACGACAGACAGAGUGUAGGGCAGACUUGGGCCUUGUUCAGGUGGCAGAGGAGAUCUGUAGGAGUGGCGUAGUCAGUAUUUCAGUCAGUACAGGCUAAGAUGCAUUUCCCAGAACAAACCGAUUUUGCUGCCUCUCUGAACAAUGCCUUACGUGGAAUACAUCGGUUCAAAUCACUGCAGUCAAUAGAAGUCAGGUCUUUAAGGCUGAAAAGCGAAAAUCUUUUUUAGGCAUUCUUUUCCCAUUCACGAUUACGUUAUUUGAAGUAUUGUUUUUGUAUUAUUCUUAUACUUCUCUUCUUAUUAGUUUUUUUAAUAUAUGAAAUACAUGUGUAUAUACAUUUUUUUUUUUCAUAAAGGCUAAUAUAUUUGGUUUAUAUUAUCAUAUGAUUUAUUUAAUUAUUAUUAUUUUUGUUUUGCCUGUAAUGCAUUUAUCUUUAUGAAUUCAUGUUUUAUAAAACGGUAUGUAUGAACAUUAAUAAUCUGCCAUGUGUGUCUCUCUGUCUUAAUAAUCAAAGUUCAGGGCUUUUAACUGUGUAUCGUUUGUAUUGUUGCCCAAGUGUGUUACCCAAGUAAGUUUUUCAAAUAAUGGUGUUUUUGAUGCAAUUUAUUACGUUAAAUCCCUUUGAAGUACAUACAGCCGCUGCAGUAAAGCCAAAUUUUGUCGAUCUUGACACUAACAUAUAUUUUUAAAAGAAAAAAAGAAAAAACAGCAACAAAAACUGAUUUCCUGCAGCAAAUAACAGCAUGAGAUGUAGUGCUAGGCUAGUUGAUGUCGUGUGAGGCAGUGUCAUCCGUCCGGCAGCUUGCGAAUAUUAACACUCAAACAUGGCCAAUUAUGUACAGUGAAUUAUUACUAACAAUAACAGUCGUACAGUAUAAUCUAUCGCAUUUGUCUCGUCGUCCGAGAGAACAAGCUGAAUGUAAGUCAUCUUUUCUUUAGUUUGUUUUUGCAUCUAACAUCUUUAUUAUUAGAUUUAGUGGUAUUAUAAUGCUUAAUCUGAUCUUUAGUUUAGAAAACAGGUCAGAAGUAAAAUGCAAUUUUUUAUGGGACUUCUGAAUGAUUAUAUCGUUGUGGAUUUCAUUAAGUGCGUUUUUUUGGUGGGGGUUGGGGGGUGUCAGUGAUGAUGUCAUGAUGGGCCUGCAGUUUGCCGACAUCAUCGCGUCUGUGACGUAAUUACGGCUUUGAGUUAACUCAUCUGUCUUCUCUCGCAUACGCCACAGCAUCCUGAAUUGUACUGAUCAAAUUCAUGCUGCAAACGCCUGGUUAAAAUCAGAUUAAAUACUAGGAAUAUUUACAACAAAUGUAUGUAAGAGUAUGUAGCCUGUGUACGCAUUAAAAUCUAUUUUCCUACAAGAAGGACUUGAGCUAAGCGGGUGGGAUUGCAGUGCAUGGCUUUAUAAGAUCCUGAAGCACGUCACCAUCCCUCCCGGCUCUGUGGGAUAUCUCCAUACUGUAUGUAAGCUUCUUCUUACCUCUGCUUUCUAUUUGUAAAUCCAAACACUAAAAUGAGAAUAAAAAUGUAGUCAGAGUGGUAUUUGAAAGCACCGCAGCCUGUGUGAGUGAUCUCUGAGUUCUGAGAGACGCCGGUGCCAUCCAGAUACAACCAAAUAAAAUCACAUCGAUUAUGCAGAAAA